AUGAUGCAUGGCGCGCUCUACUUUUCUAUGAUUGCCGAUGUCAUACCCAUCAUCAUUUCACACAGCCCGGACACGGGUCUCCGUAACGGUAACCGCAUAGUUCAAUUUUCACCAUGGAAGUUCACGUUAAUGGCUAAGUUGGCGGGCGGUAAAGUCGACCCGUCGAUCAUUCUUCCUCAGGAGUUUUGGCGACGCCUUGACUUGAGCGGUCCGUCGCCGGCACCCCAUGGGUUGGGUUACCGAUUGACUCUAUGUUUUGCCACUACACGAUCGCAGCAAAGCGAUUCCUCACUAAAUGUCAUGGCAGAACUGAUGGAAUACAAUCGUCGACUGCGGCAGUCGAACGGGCGCAAGAAUUACAAGAAGACGCACCUGGAAGUGGCGACCAGCAAUACCACAAACAUCUCAGAGAUACCACCAGUGUAG